AGAAGAAGAAGAAGAACAAAAAAAAAAGAAGAAGUGCGCGAACGACCAAGAAGCAAGCGAACGAGCAACCAAGCAGCGAGCAAGACAGACAGAGAAGACGGGAUGGAGGAUGGGUCGUGUCCGUACGAGGUGCUGGGUGUGCCCACCACCGCAACAGAGGCAGAGAUUCGCAAGGCAUACAAGAAGCUGGCCCUCAAGUACCACCCCGACAAGAAUCCAGAUGACCCAGAGACAGCGGAGAAGAUGUUCCGGCGAGCUGUCAUGGCAUCAGAGAUGCUGCUGGAUGCCACAGCAAAGGCUGCAUAUGACAAGGUGUUGAAGGCGAGGCAGGCUGCACGCGUGCGUUCGGAGAAGAUGGAUGCAGAGCACCGCAAAGCAAGAGAAGACCUUGAGGCGAGGGAACAGGCACACAAGCGCAGCAAGACUGCAGCAGAGACAUUGCAACGUGACUUGGAAGCACAGAUUCGCAGAUUACGGGCUGAGGGCGCACGCAAGCUACAGGAGGAAGAGGACAGGUUCAGGGAAAUGCUGAGGACAGCGAAUCGAGGAGAUCAGGUGGAUGCGACGGUGGUGAAGAGCGACUUCUCCGAGGACUUUGAAGCAAAAGUGCUGGCACGCAUGCGUGCUCAUGGCCACGCACGAAGAGAACACAUGCAGCAGCAACAGCAGCAACAGGCUGCGUAGCUGUUGGUGGUGGGUGAGAACGUGCUGUGGGAGAAGAGGAGGCCGAGAACUGAGUUCGCACGCAGGCACUUGACAUCAACGGCCUUGUUGUUGCUGUGGCUGCUGUUGGUGAUGGCGAGCUUCCUUUUGCAACUGUUUGGUUAGAUUGGAUGAUAUGACACGCAAUGUACACAGAGAUGCGUCGCAAUAAACAAUCCUUCAUGUCAAA